AUUGGUCUCUUGGGCUCAAGACACAAUUCAAAACAUAACACAUCCUACCGUUCGAUCAGUGAUAUCGUACAAUAGAUUUGCAAACCCUACGCUCACACCUCUACCUAGCAAGCAAGCACGAUUCCUUUACGUAGCGCUUUGACCUUACCACGUAAAACAUCAAGAGUACGGGCCCAUCGAUUGAGCUCAUUCGUGGAGUAAACCAAUCAUCCCACAACAAUUAUCAAGUCGACCUACCACAUACACACGCAAUAUUCAGCCUUUUUUUGAGAGAAGCGGUCCGAUGCCUAUUACCACCUUGACAACAUCCAACAUCCAUCUUUGAUCAACCAUAUCAUCAUUAUCGACUUCCACAUCUUAUCAAAUCCCUUCACACGCUUCUCCGAUGCAACAAUAAGCUUACUUUUCACCAAAACCCGAACCAACCCAACAAUCCCGCACCGGAAAUGCUGAGCGGAACGACUCCUAAUUUGAUUGUUAGGCCAAAGCCGCCAGGAUCAAGAAGAUCUAGCACCAAACAAGAUAGUCCAUCAGCCCUUCAAGCGAGAAAAUUCUCCGCCGAUCAACAGGAUGCUGCCAGUGCGACACUAUUGCCUUCUCCAUCAUUGACGAAUUCAGAUACAUUCAGUAUAAGCUCUGAUGCGAAACAUGCGAUGGGAUUUGAACGUGAUUUGGAUUUGGAUUUGCCUUCCGAUUUAACGGAAGCGUUGGAGAAGAGCAUGCAAAGACGACCGAAGAGGAGCAAUACUUCAUCGAACAAAGAGAACGUUAACCCGUUUGACCAUCUCCAAGAAGGUGCUGCUGCUCAAAUGAAAGAAUCUUCCAAUCAGUAUGCCGAAAACCAAGCAGAUAUCGAAUCGAGUGCGGAUAGACUAGCGCAUUCAUUCGAAGGAAAAGCAGAAUUGCAACAUAGAAGUACCAUCUCAAUCGAUUCACAGAACAUCGGAUCAGAUGCAAGUAUUGAUGAAAACUGGAUUGGUGAUUUAUCACGAGAAGAACUGGAAACGCUUUUAUUUGAAUCUCGUCAAAUAAUCAAAGAGCGGGAAAGAGAUCUUGGCAUCGCAGCUGCAAUCGGCAAGGCACUUUUAGACAAAAACAUCAGCCUGCGAAGCCGCCAUGAAGGAAUUGUUUCGAGAUUUUCAAGUAUGAACAGCAUGGAACGUAUCAUUGCCGAUCAAAGCAAUGAUGUCAAUACACCUCUUCCGCGCUAUUCUCCUCCUCAUAGCGAUUCAGCAAACAAUCGAAAUGAGAUCGAUCAGAGAACGCCCAGACCAGGAGAGAUGCCACAAUCGGGUAGCGGAUACUUUCAGGGCAUGACCGCAAGUCCAUCUGCGAAGCGAAUGGCAAACGUUCAAAGAAGCGAAAGCAUAAUAGAGGAAUUGGAUGAAAGACAACUGUGGAACUCUUCGGGGAAUUAUUUUGUACCAUCCAGACCAGCUUCUCCGCAUGCGGCUACAUUCGGCGACACUUCUCUUUCCAGUAUUUCUGCCAGUGAAACACAUCGAAGGCUUGAGCUUAUCAGUCAACAAAAUGAUGAUUUAUUGGAACAAAUCAGUCAACUUCAUGUAGAAUCGGAAGAUGCAAAACGAGAAGGUGGAAAACGUCAAAAGCGAUUGAUUCGUGAGAUUGAUGGUCUUAGGGCCGAAUUGGAAGCUGCUGAAGCCCGUACGAUGGAGCUGGAACGAAAUGCGGAAAUGCAGAAAAAAGCACUCGAGGCUGGUCAAGAACAAGUGAAGAAACAACCUUGGCGAAGACGUGGCAAGAUGCCAUGGCAAAGUCCGGGUAGCAAAAGGAAAAAUUCUCAGAAUGACGGACGUGAUCAGACGGAAACGAAUGAGAAGGAUGUUCGUGCGGAAAGUUCAAGUAUGCUCGGUGAAGAUGGAAAGGAUGCAGAUGCACUUUCUCUUACGGGACAAUCAGAAUCAUCCAUGUCAAUUUCUGGUAAGUCACGCUUGCAAACAGAUGGAGAACGUGCAAUCGUGUCUCAAUUAAUGGCAAAGGUACGUGAAUUGGAAGAGAUCAAUAUCUCUCUAAUCAAAGAUGCACAUGAACGUGAUGGACGAAUUGGAAGAUUUUUGGAGGAUAGCGAAAGAAUUCGUGAUUUGUAUGAUGCAGUGGAGAGUGAAGCAGUUUCUAAUUUAUCCGCCGAGCCAUCUAUACAAGACUUGACCGUUAUGGGUCAAGACUCUACUCCAAUGUCAUCUGCUGCUGCAAGUCCGAUUGCCAGGAGAAGACGUGCGCCUGGCAACAGACAUUUGAUCGAAAAUCGUCGUACUGUACGUGCGGCAAUGCAAAAUGAUCAUGAGAAUCGUAGCCCGGUCGUACAACUUGAUGACUUUUUCGAUGAUAGUCUGAAUAAUAGCAGCGUUGAUUCUUCGCCUGUCAAAGCAAGACCUUCACGCAAGAUGUUACGACCACGAAUUUUGAUCACACCUAGCUGUGAAGACUUGCAUGCUCGGUCAGAAAACGAUCGUGCUUUUGGAUGGGAGGAUGUCGAUCAGGAAGGAAGCAGUCAUUAUGGACAAAUGACGAAAUCGAGCUCAGAUCCGACAUUGUACGAAGAUCAAGUAGAAGAGAAGACACGCAAAGGAUUGAUACAUCGUGCUAGUGAUAGUAAUCUAGGCAGCAUAUCCUCUCGUUCCAAUCACAAUCUUCACCGCAGUCUGGGUAGUGAACUCGGAAGUGUCUACGGUGACCGUGAUGUAGAAUACGACGAUGACGAUGCACCUCAGCAAGACGGAGAGGAAAGUAGUCCUUCACGUCGUAGUCUAUACUCUUCUGAUCGUCGUAAAGGCAAAGCACCACGUAAAGCUGCAAGUCAAGCAAGUUUGAGAAGCAUGAGUGAGGCAGGAUCGGAUAUUGCAGAUCUGAAGUGGUCUAAUGGAAGUACAUGGACCCUUCGAACCGAAUACGAUUUGCCAGAGAUUGACGAUAAGCCAUACAAGGCAAUCGCUGCGGCCCCAAGUCAAGAAUUAGCUAUCAUUCCAACCCAUCAAUCCCUUUCCAGAAUUGCCGCUAGACCGGAUGGUGAAUGGUAUUCGAACGUUGCACAAAGCUUGCUGCCUCGAGGCGCUCUGAGGAACGAUGUAGAAACAAGUCAUGACAACUAUUCUCUGUUAGAGAAACUUACAAAGAGCGUUCCCGUUCAUUGGGCUGAUGACGAAGAUUUUGGCAAACCAAUCACAGAACGAGAAGCGAUCAAUUUGGGUCUUUUGGAAGAUAAGAGAGACCGGAAUCGUAUUGGCUCUGGAUCUCGAACGGCACGCGGGAUGCUUUCGUGGAUCAAACCACUUCGCACAAAAACAAGAAAAGCAGAAGAUGAGACUGAAACGACUAGUAAAAUCUCAUCAAAAAGACAGAUCGAAACCGCUGAAGAUGUAGAACGUAGGCGAGCUUUGGAAAGACUUCUACGUGCUAAAAGAAUUGCUGCAUUGCAUGAUCGUAUUUUAGCUGGUCAGAUGAGCGAAGAAGAAGCCCGAGCCAAAGGAGCUUUUGAUUCAUUGGAUGAUGAAAAUCAAAGUGUAUUGGCAAAUUUAUCUUUUGAGGCAGAAGUUACUCAACGUGCACUUGCUUAUCGUACAGUCAGACGUAGACAGAUGUCAAAUGGCAUCUAUUCUGGUGAGCAAGACCAGUUGUCUAGAAUUCCUCGAAGCGGUUCUUCACGUUCUUCAAUCCACGAUAUCCGCCAGCUAAGUCGAGAGCGAAGGGGAGUGCAAGGCGAAGGUGAGAAGAAUUCAUCAGGUGAGAUCCGCACGGAAGGAGAAGAAUCGUUCGAAUUUGUCGAUUUGGAUCCGUCAAAGAGAAGACCAGGAAGACGUGGAACGGAUUAUUAUCCAAUCACAUUACGUGAACGUUAUAAACCUGAAAUGGUAAAACAACGUAUGCAAAAUUUUAGUAACGAAACGAUGACAUGGGCAAUGGCUUGGGCAACUUUUAGCAUAGUGAUGGUAUUUGCUUUUGUUGCUGCUUUUGCUCGUGGACCAAAAAGAAUUCUUCACGGUCAACAAAUCCAACAUAAUCAACCUUGAAAAACACACAAAAUUAAAAUUGAUUUCAUGAAUACUCGGUGAUCAACAUUGUAUAUAUCCACAUUUUAGCAUUUAUUACCCUUAGAGUUCUGCACAUAUCUUAUCACAUAUGCAAUUAUAUACUUGCCACAGAUGGCCGUAAUGGCGCUU